UGAGUUUGACAUUUACUUGUGCGUGUUUGGAGACUCGCGAAUUACCAGAGAUUUCGAUUUUCUGAGACGUGAAUUUGGCGUGAUCACCUGUUAAAUACCACGUUAGAAGUGUUUUUAUUAAAUUAAGAUUAUUACUGUGACUUGAAGAAGUCGAAACAUGUCUCUCUUUGGGUCUCUGAUGGGGGAUGUUGAAGAUGAUCCGUUUUUCGGCUCGCACAUGCGUCACAUGCGUCAAAUGAACAACAUGAUGAACUCUCUCUUCUCGGACCCAUUCGGCAUGCUGGGCGGCCCGCUGUCCCUCAUGCCGCGGUCCAACAUGGGCAUGGCCAUGGGCGGCAUGAGCAUGAUGCCAUUCAUGCCGCAGAUGCCUCAGAUGAACAGAUUGUUUACUGCAGACCUGGACGGCCCGAUGGCCGCCGGCAGCUCCUUCAGCAGCAGUACCGUGGUCAUGUCUUCUGGUGGACCCAAUGGAAAACCUCAGGUAUUCAGCUCGACCAGCAGCACGAAGAUCGGCCCCAACGGCAUCAAGGAGACCCGCAAGACGUUGCAAGACUCGCGCACCGGCACCAAGAAGAUGUCCAUCGGCCAUCAUAUCGGCGAGCGAGCUCACGUGGUUGAAAAAGAACAGAAUGUGUAUUCAGGGGACCAGGAGGAAAGGCAGGAGUUCAUCAAUCUGGAUGAAGACGAGGCGGAGGAUUUCGACAGAGAGUUCCAACAGAAGGCCGGCGCGCCGCGCCUCGCCAUCGAGCCCGCGCCCGCGCACGCGCACGCGCACGAGCCCGCCACACUACCCAAUUCGAAUAGCGAACGAGUCGAAAGACGCGCCGUUCGGCCCGCGCCGCGCCGCCCGCUGAGAACUACUGCCAGCCCGCUCGCGCAGGGCGCCAACAGUUCGUCCGUACGCUCCGUGUACGGCGGCUCGCACCCGCAGCGGCACCGGCACGAGCGCCCGCGCAACAAGCGGCACUCCCCCGCUGAGCAAUAGCGCCACCACUAGAAACCACAGGAACUGACGGACGGUAACAUCUGGUAUUAUGCCAACGAAUAAGACAUAUGGCACGAUAUUUUGGGGAAACAUUGACAUGUAUGACGAAUGCGGCUGUUCGCACGUCACCGCCACGACCGUCCCGAGACUACAGGCAGUAACCUCUGGUAUUAUGCUAACUUAACAUUAAAUAACGUAUAUGGCGCGGGUUUAUGGAGAAACAGUUUAUAUAUAAUUCUUCAAAUCUUCCUCUAGUGAGGUAUACGCAUAAUAACAGUCAAAAGAUGCCGGAACCAACAAGCGACGGCAAAAUCAUUCUUUUUAUGCGAAUAAUAUAUAUGGCGCGAUAUUUUGGGAAUGUUUUUUUAGGUCUUCUUAUACGUCACUUGAUAAUAAUAACUAUAAGCGAUAUAACGCCGGGACCGACAGACAGUAACAUCAAUAUUACGGUAACGUCACUUUGAAUAAGGUACACGGCGCUAU